GUGAUUUCGAUCAAAAUGACCAAAAGCCCGUGUCUCUUUUGUAUUUUGAUGACUUAACCUCAACAGCUUCCAGCAGUGACGCCCGUGCCUCCGGCCGGCUUCGGGGAGUACCCGUCACACGUGUCCAGAGUACGAAGCCUUUGCUCAAAGCAAGCUGCUUUGACACCAGCGGAGUGGAAGAAUUUCGGUCGAUGCUGGCAAACCACGGUGUGAACACGAAAACGUGGGGGCGACGUGGAUCCAAGUCCAUCGAACAUUUGUAUUGGGAAGUAUUCUGCCACCACGGAUGUAUCCUGACUGGGAUAGGCUCUCCAAGCCUGAAAAGAGUGACAAGGAUAUUGAAGCUGCGAGUGGUGGCAGAUGUUGAGAGCGAAGAGCAUGUGUUGGUCUCGCGGCUUCAAUUUUUGCACGAUGGACAGCAGAUCCAGCGCCAUCAAGUGCCUGUGCGAAGGCUCCGUUGGAGCAUGGGUGAUGACAAUUACUUGUUGCAAGACGUCGUGGAUGUGAAGUCUGGCAGUCGCUUCUUGACAGAGGAUUGUGCUCAUGUAGAAUCUUGGGAGACCUGCUCCAUGUCCGCGCUGGAAGAAAUUUUGGGAGUGUCUGCGACCCUACAUCCAUUUAAGCAGGAUCCUGCUGCGUACUCCUACAUCAUGGAAGAUGAUCAGUUGAGCGAUGGAUAUCCUGGGCUCAACACGUUGUACUGCGUACAUCAGGUCACCUUCAAAAUAUUGGACCCAGGGCAUCCAAAGGUUGCUUGCAUCGGUCUACCACAUGGGCAGGAGUUUGCGACUGCCGACGAGGUGUUCGACCUUGAAAGGUUUCACUCCAUGCAGCAAAUUCCAAUUGGCUCCCAGCUCAACGUUUGGUCUUGGAAAACCAAUCAGGACUUGGUGCAGGAAAGAAGCAGACGGAGUGCUCCGAGCAAUGCACCUCCGGAACCGGAUGGUACAGAGUCUAAGGCAAUGAAAAGAUUGGAGAAUGAACUGAUGCUCUUGAAGCGCGUGCAAAUACCUAUGGUGAAAUCGCUCACAUCGGUCGCAAAGGAUAGCAUGGCUAUGGGCGCCAGAACUACCUUGGCUCCGACAGCGGUGCAGGGCAGGAAAGGAGCGCCCAAUCCGCAUUUGCGGCGGAUUUUGCAAGCCAAAAGCACCGACUGGAAAACAGUGAGGAAGAUGGCAAAGAGCUUGCUCGACGAAGACUACUCCUUGGACCAGUUCAACAGGGACUUGACCGCAUUCCCGGAAUUAUUCUUGUAUCUACGGGAUGGAGUGGGUGAUACAGGGUCGGGUCGCACGACGGAUGAUGAGUACCAACGGACAGUUUGUGCCUUCUUUGCCAUCUACUGGCUGGUACGAUUGGACAUCGACGGUCGGCAAGGCUUCAGCUUUGGAACAGAUAGUGACUGGAAUGCGCUGCAGGAGUCAUUAGUGAAAGAUGGAGAGGUUUCCAUGCCAAGUUCCACAGCACCGGGAGAACUGCAACAGCGUCUCUACAAGCUAGAGCGACGACUGGCGUUCUUCAACAAUGCUCAGUGGGGUUUCUUUCGCCGGCUCAUGGUUGAUGCUGGUUUGCUGGAGAUGACCCCUGGCUCUGGAAGGGGACAGUAUCAAGUGAAGGAGACCAGAAUGGUAUCACUCCUGGCACUAACCGCCAUCCAUGACAUCAUGAAGAUGGAUGCGUUGCUCCCGACCGUACAGCCAGAACAUGAUGGCUACCACGGCUAUGCAGCUGGUGACGUGAUUGGCGACCAUGACCAUGCUCUAUGCUAUUUGAUGGAUCACUACCCCGACUUGCUGCCCUCUUUCAAGGAACUAGACCAUGCUGAGAGACAAUCAGUGCAAUUUACGCAGUGCAAUCUUUGCUUCAACCAUGGAUGGUUAGUCCAAGCAGAGGCACCUCCAGGAGCGAUCUUCACCAAGUUCCGGGAGGCGAUCAAUCGGGACAAGAAGUUGCAUGCAGGAGCAAAGGAUGUUGCGCUGUACUUCGUACAUUGGCUGACAGACCUCGCUGGAGCUGAGCCAACACCACUGGGUGGUUGCGAGAAGUUUGUGAUCAAAUUUCCGCUGCAUGUUCUGAACAGCUUUUUGCAGUCCUUCAAGUUCAUUGAGGGCAUUACUUCCCAGACUGAGACGCAGGUUAUGGAGAAGUAUCUCAAGCAUCGCUGGUCAGAUCACGUCCCUUCACUAGGAGCGACACCCACAGGCCCCCAUUCCAUUGCAGCGAUGCGGCUGCUGUGCAUGGCACAAGCAAAUGGACGGAAUGUGGUGGAGGCUUUUAGCCAAGAAUUGCCCAAGGAGGACAAAGAUGUUCUCAGCGUGGAAAUGUCCAGGACAGGAUGCGCAGGUCAAAAUUUUUCCCCGGACCUAGUACCAACAGAGGUAGCCAGCCGGCCAGUUGGGCCUGCAUUUCUCAUAUAUUAUGGGCCUGCUUUCCUCCAAAUGCAAUGUUCUUCCACUGUCCUGCGUUUGCGCAUCCUUGCAGAGAUCUAUCGGUGUGCUCGAGAGUUGUGGCCAGAGGCCACAACACUGGUAGCCGCAUCCGUCCACGUGCGGAUUGAUACCAUCAAGGGAUUGAGCGUGGCAGAGAUACAGGAUGUUCUCGCAAAAGGAGAGCUGUGGCUGGUCACCAAGCACAACGAAAGCGAGGCAUAUGUUGGCCGAGCUUCGCACAAGAAGCUAAACAAGUAUGUGAGCAUUGGUCAAAAGUUCCAAAUUCUGGACUUAGGCUUCCUUCGUGAGCAAUAA